UCACAGAAAACAAAUUUUAAUCUGUCUAAUGGCUGCUACAUUUUUGCCAUUUACGUGUGUGGCAAAUUAAAUUUCAAUUGUCAUUUAAAUAAUUAAUGAAGAUUUACUGUGUGUUGACCGAGUAUCUACCGUGAGAGUUUUACACAUCCCAAGAGAAAUCACUCUGUCUACGACUGAAAUUGACGUCUAAAUCCGAAGUCCAUUCCGAGCGAAUACUGAAGAAAUACGCAGACUUUGGAACGUUGAAGAAAAUUAUGAAUUCGUAAAUAAUUCUUCAUUGGCUUAUCUGACAUAUAAACAAGAAGGAUGAAUUAAAAACCUUACUCUUUUUAGAUAAUACAUAGAAAAUAAUAAUCUUCAAUAAUGUCAGAAACUACAGAACCACCGUUAAAAAAACCUAAGAUGGCUGAAACAGUUGACAGUUUCAUACAAAACAUCAUAUGUUCGACAAAUGACAUUCACGCAGUCGUAAGCAAUGACUUUUCGUAUCCAAUAGCAUUUACAAAAGUCUAUGUCGGCCAAGUGAGGAAUGUGAAGGAAUUAUCUAAAAUUAUAACAAUUUUGAACGAGAAAUUACCGCUGAAAGAACUACAGCAUUUAAAAAGAGCUAGGAAGAAGGAGGUUUUGCUAUGUCCUGUCCGAUAUUUGAACGUGGCAACACAGCAAUCAAUUCAAGAGUACAUUGAAGAGAAAGUGAAUGAGCUACGAGACUCUUUUGAGUACUUCAAAGUUAUGGGGUUGCCAUCGUUGCCUCCGAAACUAAAAUGGCAGCAUACGGAAUACAGUAAAAUCUGGUCAUGCAAUUUCCAUCCUAAUGAUUACUUAGAAAGAUUGUGUGGUAAAGGAUUUUUUAAUAGUGAAGAACUUACAAAGCACCGUUGUUAUAUGGGAGUUGCAUUUGAAGUAGCCAGAUAUUAUUUGAGUAAAACAAAAACCAAUUUGGAUGUAUCAGACUUAACUUUAAGCAACAUUAAUGCUACAGUUGUAGUUGACCCAUUAUUGAAUUUAGUAGUAACUGUAGCUUUUGAUAACAGAGAAUGUCACCCUGUCCAGCAUUCAGCCAUGUUGGCCAUAGACAAUGUAGCAAAAACUCAAAACGGCGGGGCCUGGAAUACAGACAAUAUAGAAUACGUGACAUCAGGUGCUAUAGACAAGAGUCUGUUUCUGUAUUUAAAAACUAAGUUCCCAGAUGUCAAAUUUGGCGCCAGAAAUUAUGUGUCAAAGGAGGUAUUGGAUGAGAAUAAAAUGAGUGCUUCGGAAAGUCCUUAUUUAUGUACUGGGUACUAUAUUUACAUGAUUAGGGAGCCGUGUUUCAUGUGUGCUAUGGGAUUGGUCCAUGCUCGGGCUAACAGGGUGUUUUUCAGCCUAAACAAUGAAAGUCAAGGGGCUCUGUGUUCGAAAACCAAGUUGCAUUGUGUGCCAUCAUUAAACCAUCAUUUUGAAGUGUUUACCGAAUUUUUAUAGGUGUUUUGACUUUUUCUUGAAUUGUAAAAUAUGAAUGAAGUGAAUUGAUUUAUUCAAUAUCAUUAAAAUAAAUAUAUUUUAACAGUUUUA